CGGCGCCGGAAAAAAAAGACAUCCGGUCAAUCCUAAAAGUAGUACACGUUUUUGUUUAUGGAAUGAGAAAUAUAUAAGCUGAUCAAAUCUCAAAUCUAUUUUAAUAUUAUGAUCAUUGAAGCAAAUUCAAAGUCAUGGUUUUAUUAGAGAAUGAAGGGUUUCUCCUCCAACUGGCCAAUCUCUAUUCAAAAACUAAAAUCCAAGGGAGUGUUUUAGUUACUUUAAAACAAUAUCAUGGUGAAAUUAAACCCAAGCCGCGUGAUCUCAAAUCUACAGAUCCAAAUCCUCAUGCAAACGGUGAACCAAGAUGUUUAUUCAGAGCAACAAAUGGCAAAAAGAAGUACAGUACAAUUGUAAUGCAUAAAGAUGUAAACAAAUUUCAAUUGGCCUAUGCUGCUGUGCUACGACAAAAUAUAGACAAUAUGAAGAAGAGAGACAAGAAGUCAAAGAAAAAUAAAAAAGCCAAAGCAACCCAAUAAAUUAUUUUUAAUUUCAUCAAAUGUUAUCGAUACUUGCUUAAAAUAUAUAUUUAUGUUUAGAAUUUAUUCGAAACAGUUUGAAUCGAUCAAAAGAAUAAUUAAAUAAAUGUGUAAAUAAUAUCUAAACUAUAUAUACAUAUA